AUAAAAAAGGACAAAUUAGUCGUUUUUUUUUUAAACUGCACCGCGUGGAGGACGUCCGUGUUUCACCCGCGGGCUUCUCUCCUUUAAUCAGGAUGCUUUUUGUCUUCCUCCUCGGCCUCCUCUGUGGCGCUGGCGCCUCAGAGGCAGGGAACUCCACCCGGCCCCGCCUCCCCUCCGUCCCCCCGCUGCUCCUGGUGUCGUUCGACGGCUUCCGGGCCGACUACCUGCGGCGGUUCGCCAUGCCCAACCUGAAGAGCCUGUACAACGAGGGCGUCCUGGUGGAGCAGCUCACCAACGUCUUCAUCACCAAGACCUUCCCCAACCACUACAGCCUGGUGACGGGGCUGUACGCCGAGUCUCACGGCAUCCUGGCCAGCAACAUGUACGACCCGGUGACCCGGAAGCACUUCCACGUGUCGGACAGCUCGGACCCGGCCUGGUGGGACGGGGCUCGGCCGCUCUGGGUCACGGCGCAGGACUCUGGCCUCGGGACGGCCGCCGCCAUGUGGCCGGGCUCCGACGUCGCCAUCGGCAACCGCACGCCCACGCACUUCUUCCACUACAACUCGACCGUGACGUUCCGGCAGCGCCUGGACAAUGUGACGCAGUGGAUGCUGGGAGACGGGAAGGAGCCGGGGGUGAAGUUCGCCACCCUCUACUGGGAGGAGCCGGACCGCUCGGGGCACCACUUCGGCCCAGACAACGCCACGGCCAUGGCGGCGGUGCUGAAGGAGGUGGACGACCACGUGGGGGCGCUGGUGUCGGAGCUGAAGCGCACCGGGCUGUGGGGGCGCGUCAACCUGCUGGUGACCAGCGACCACGGCAUGGCGCAGUGCUCCGCCCAGCGCCUCAUCCGCCUGGACCGCUGCCUCCACCCGGACAACUACACCGUGGUGGACCUGACGCCCGUCGCCGCCCUCAUCCCCACCAACGAUUCCCAGGCCGUCUUCGCGCUGUUGAAGAACUGCCACCCUCACAUGACGGCGUACCUGAAGGAGCAGAUCCCGGAGCGGCUGCAUUACCGCUACAACCGGCGGGUGCAGCCCAUCAUCCUGGUGGCCGACGAGGGCUGGACCAUAGUGGAGACGGGGGACCGGCUGCCCAGGCUGGGCGACCACGGCUACGACAACUCCCUACCCAGCAUGCACCCCUUCCUGGCGGCGGUGGGGCCGGACUUUCGCCGCGGCCUGCGCCUCCCCAGCCUGAGCAGCGUGGACGUGUACCCGCUCAUGUGCCGCCUGCUGGCCGUGCCUCCGCGGCCCAACAACGGCUCCCUGAGCCAGGCGCGCUGCCUCCUGGAGGCCGAGCGCUGCUGGGACGUCCCGCUGGCCGCCGGCCUGGUGGCGGGCGUGCUGCUGCUGCUCAGCGCCGUCACCGUCCUCUUCCGGUUCCUGAGAUCCCGCCGGCACUCGGGCCCUCAGCCCUUCCAGAGGCUGCAGAUCGACCUGGAUGACGACGACGACCCCUUGCUGGAGUGACGGCGCCCCCCUCUGACCCCCGUCUGACGCCUGCCUGGCCUCCAGGUACUGGACAUGAUGCACUUUAGCGCCCCCGCCUGUCACUCCUCCUCAUGUCCCAGUCUGUUACUGUCGGAUUGAUUCUGAAUGAAGAGAAGGAAACUACUGAUGUGAGAGAUUAUUUUUAUAAACAUCUUUCUGUGUGAAAUGCUUUUAUUGUUGUAGUUCCACUGUCUGGCCAGCAGAGGGAGCCAGACGUCCAUAUUCAAUAAGUUCAGAUUUUUAUGUUGUUGGCUUUUUGUGUUUUGUCAAAUUUGAUGAAAUGUAUUUUAUUGUUGUAGUUCCACUUUCUGUCCAGCAGAGGGAGCCAAAAACUCUGAAUUGUUUCCUUUAAGAAUUUUUUUUUUUCUAAAUUCUUGUUUUUUUGUUUUUUUUUUCUCAGGGAAGGAAAUAAUGUACUAUAAAAUAUUGUUGUAGUUCCCCGUUUUCGCCAGCAGAGGGAGCCAGAGACUUAGAUCCAACAAUUUCAGCUGAGAUCUUCCUGUGUAAUUUAUUUUUUAUUUCUUUUUUUUUCCUCAGGGGGGAUUUUGUUGGAUCUGAUAAAUUGUUUUUAUUUUUGUAGUUCCACUAUUUGGCCAGCAGAGGGAGCCAAACCGUCAGAAUCAAUUAUUUCCUUUCAACUCUUUUCUUUUUUUAUUAAUAUUUUUUUUUUCUCAGGGAGAAAUGUGAAGGAUCUCUUCAUAAACUGUUACACUGGUUUGAAUCCGCGUUUUUAUGUAAACUGUUGGUUUAAAUGUCUUCAUGUUACCAAAGAUUUCUGAUGGAAAUGUUGAAAAAAAUGCACUAUUUAUUUCCUUCCUUCCAUCCAGUCAGAUAAAAAAUUGAAUAUUUGCACCCUUCAAUAAAUCCUGCCUGAAAAAAAAUCUCAACUUUUGAUUCAUGAAUUUAAAAAAAAACAUUUAAUCCUUUUUUUUAUUAUUACAAUGUAAUAAAUUGGAAAAUAUAUAAAAUCAGA